AUGUCGCGCAUGUCUAAGAAGCAGCCCUCCAUCUGCACGGCUGUUCCUCUGACAGAUCCCGACGUCUCCCAGAAGCUUGCCCUGCUGCGGCAGGUCCUCACGUCCUGCUUUGGCCCCUGGGGCAGACUGAAGCAGGUGCACAAUAACGUGGGGGGGGCCGUAAUGACCACCUCCACUUCAUCAGUGCUGCUGAAGGCCAUCCAAGUUUCCCACCCCGUGCUGAAGCUUCUGGUUACGAGCAUCCUCAACCACACCUCCCGCUUCGGCGAUGGUGGCUUGUUUGCCGGGAUCCUGAGCUUGUGUCUCCUGGAAAACGCUCUGCGGUUGAGCGUGGACCAGGCUGUGGCAGUGGGUGUGUACAGGAGGCUGUUGGGCCUCUGUGAUGCCUACCUGGUCCGGGACAACUGUGGCUGCAAGAUCAGAGUGGACUUCAGCAGCACCCAGGUUCUGCUGACUUUGGCGUGCGGGCUGCUGGCAAGUAAGCCGGCCUGCGCCCUGACCUCCGCCGAGGUCAAGCACGUGGCCCUGCAGGUCACGCGGGCAUUCCUGCUGACUGUCCCGUGUGGCACCCUGGGACAGGACCGUCUGGGGGCUGCCGUGGUGGUACCUGUGGAGGGACAGCCCCCCUGGGCCUCAGCUGCACUGGAGGGGCUGCUUCUGGACAUGCCGGAGUCUCUGCGGGCUGCCGAUUUGGAGCUUCAGGGUGGCGCACUGAUCCGGUUGGCCCUGUUUAGCGUGUCACUGGCGGGAGACCUUCCAGAGGCAGGAGACGGGCCUCUGGAGCUGCAUGGAGAAACAUGCCUGGAGGAGGCAGUGCUGGAGCAACUCCUGAGGCUGGCCGACCAGCUGGUCUCCGAUGGGGUGCAGCUCUUGGCCUGCCAGAAGGUGGUGCACCCUGUGCUGCAGCACUACCUGAGGGCACGUGGGGUCAUCGUAGUGGAGAGGCUGGGGCUCGCCAUCAUGGAGCCCCUCGUCCAGAUGACAGAUGCACAGCCGCUGGCCACCUUCCAGGCUCCUGUCCCCGGCAUCUCCUACGGGCGGCUGAGGGGCCUUGGCAUCCACCAGUGCGGCUCCAGAGAGAUGCUCCACCUGCUCCCGGCCGGAGCGCCGACGACAUGCACCCUGGUGCUCUGCCACAGGAACGAAACGGCACUUGCUGAACUCAAGGUGUCAUGUGAGAGGGCGGGGCAGGUACUGAGGCUGAUGCUGAAGGAACCCUUUGCACUGCUGGGAGGGGGGUGCACCGAGACGCACCUGGCGGCUUUUGUCAGGCACGAGAGCAGCAGCGAUGUCACAGAAGCCAUACGUGAACUGGGCUGUUCUCGCCACGACUACAUGCGGGUGAUGGAUGCGUUUUGCCACUCUCUGGAGAGUGUGGCCCGGGCACUUGGGCAAGAUGGUGGAGUGACCCUGACUGACCUAUGCCACGCCCACUGCUGGGGCAUACCGGCUGCUCCGCCUGCUGACGUCCCGUGGGUGGAGCUGGUGCGGUCUUGUGGGUGUGGUUUAAUGAAUGGCCACUCAGGCCUGGAAUGGAACCUCAUUGGCACAGAGUACCCUUCGUUUUCUCCAGCACUUAAUCCGGGCACAGAGUCUCUGCCAUGUGUACUGGACUCAUUCUUUGCCAAGGUCAAUGCCCUGCAUGUUGCCGUGGAGAGCGCGAAUCUCAUACUAGAUCUGAAGCAUAUAAUUCAAGACAGUAAUUAGCAGGGUUGUUGAUCUCGGUACAAUUUACUGGUCUGAGCUGCGUGAUUGUAACCUGAUCCUCAAUAAAUAUGAAGCAAAUUAAGUUUUGGCUGUUGCUGUAAUCCCAGAUGCAUUGUUAUAAAUGAGCAGAAGGUGGCAGCAUUGCGUCUGCCUGAAUGUUGACUGGCUGUAAGCCUAUGCCAGCAGCAGGAAGAUGAAACCAACAAUUUAUUCGAACCUAUGAGAAACACACAGAAUUGAUGACGCUGCUUUUUAAAAUGAACAGCUCUGCCUUAAGCGUCCUAAUAGUAGUUUGGCAAUUUUGUUUGAUUAAAUCAAUUGGAAUUGAGCUUUUAAAAACUGCAGCUGAAGUAAUGAGUACAGCUUUUUAUACACCAGUUUACAAAAUCACUGGUGACGAUAUUGUGGAUUAAUAGGGAAUAAUACCUAAUCCCCAGGGAAUGAUGUAUUGUUUGGAACACGUUAAUAGGAGUGUUAAUUAUUAAUAAUUGAUGAAUAAUGAUUAAUUUUAUUGUUCCCCACAUGUGAGGUGUUAGUUUAAUUUUUUUAGUUAAUUGUAGGUAAAGUCAAUAAUUGAUUAAGCUCCAGUAUUUAUUAAUAGGGUGAUGUCCUUCUCUAGGGGAGAUUUCUUUAAAUGAGUCUGAUUUGCGGAUCGUGGCGAAGGUGACAUCACACGUGGUAGAGUUGUGGCUCAGUACCCAGCUUUGUAGCCUCACUUUUUUUUCCUCAUCCCAGUCUGGCAAAAUCGCACGGCGGUAAAAUGCUGGUGAGCACGGACUUCGGGGAAAUCCUGAGGAAGCUAGAACUCCAGCUGUGCUGAGAGAUUUUUUUCCAUUUUAUCCAUAAAUAUUUACAUCACUGGUUAAACUGGUCCUUUGCUGAAAACAACUGUAAAAUGUACCAAACCAUAUGUAAAAUAUGUUCAAUAAAAUGUUGGGAAAAUA